AUGUCAAGCCCUCAAGCACCACCACCUUCAUGGGAUAGUCCUCCAAAACUAUCCUUGAAGACAAAGAAGAAACUUCUUCCCUACCUUGAAGCAGCCGACCUGGAGACGUCUAGCCAAGCCGCAUCUUACAGAGAAGAACACCUUCUAGCCACACCAGAAGAGGAGAUUGACCCUGAGCUGAUCGAGUUCGUGAAGAGAGAUCAAUUCCAUGAUCUGUUUUCAGAGUAUGCGCUGGAGCACAUAGAUCACUUUGAUAAUCUUUGUGAUUCCUAUGGAGUUUUUGACUUUGAGAAGAAGAUGAUGCUAUUCAGCACAUCACUAGCUGGACCAGCACUAGAUUGGGCGCAGCAUGAGCCACUCUCUACAAUCGAGUCAUGGAUCGAUUUUAGAGAAGCUUUCUUGAAGAGAUUUGCAAGGACCACCUUUCAAAUCCAAGUACAAUCCACUACUCUCAUCAGCUGGAGAGAGAGCGUGAUGAAGAAGAAUGGGGAGGCAUACCACCCCAUCCUGAAGUCUUGA